CAUAGCAUUAUUUUUAGAGCAGAGCAAAAUGCAAACAAACCAAAUGAAUGAGCUUCAUUAUCUCCUACAAUCAAACCUAUCCCAAUUGGUUGACACCAACAUGAACCCCCUCUACCAAGUGCAGAAAUGGGGGUGUGUGAGCAGCAACUCGACGACCUCGGACGAGGCAGAGGAUCAGCAGCAGAUGAGCAUUAUAAACGAGAGGAAGCAGCGUCGGAUGAUCUCCAACAGGGAGUCCGCGAGGCGUUCGAGGAUGCGGAAGCAGCAGCAGCUGGACGAGCUCUGGUCGCAGGUGGUUUGCCUCAGGAAUGAGAACCACCAGCUGAUCGAAAAGCUCAACCACGCUCUCGACACCAACGAUCGCCUCCUGCACGAGAAUUCGCAGCUUAAAGAGGAUGCGUCUGAGCUUCGACAGAUGCUCGCUCACAUGCACCUUAAUUCUCCUCCUCCUCUGCCCUCUGCAUCAAUAUCCACUUCUCACUUUGAUUAAUGCUACUAUUCUUGUCUUUUUUAUCUGUACAUUAUUAUUGCUUCUGCUUAUUCAAAUCCCUUCUUGUCUCA